AUGGCUGAGGAGGCGGCGCCUCGCCGGUCCCCGGCCGCCGGGCCGCCGAGCUGGGAAGUUUGCGCCCGGGCGGCCCCGGGCCGGCGGGAGCCGCUGGCGAGCCGGGACCCGGCCGGCCGCCGCCGCCCCCGGGCUGACCCCCGGCGCCGGGCCGGAGGGCUGCCGCUGCUGCUGCUUUGGCUGCUGGAGGCCCCGCUGCUGCUGGGGGUCCGAGCGCAGGCGGCGGGCCAGGUAGCCGGGCCGGGCCAGCAAGCCCCGCCGCCUCCGCCGCCGCCGCCCCAGCCUCAGCCUCAGCAGAGCGGGCAGCCGUACAACGGCGAGCGGGGCAUCUCCAUCCCGGACCACGGCUACUGCCAGCCCAUCUCCAUCCCGCUGUGCACGGACAUCGCCUACAACCAGACCAUCAUGCCCAACCUGCUGGGCCACACGAACCAGGAGGACGCGGGCCUCGAGGUGCACCAGUUCUACCCGCUGGUGAAGGUGCAGUGCUCGGCCGAGCUCAAGUUCUUCCUGUGCUCCAUGUACGCGCCUGUGUGCACGGUGCUGGAGCAGGCGCUGCCGCCCUGCCGCUCCCUGUGCGAGCGCGCGCGCCAGGGCUGCGAGGCGCUCAUGAACAAGUUCGGCUUCCAGUGGCCGGACACGCUCAAGUGCGAGAAGUUCCCGGUGCACGGCGCGGGGGAGUUGUGCGUGGGCCAGAACACGUCCGACAAAGGCACCCCGACCCCCUCCCUGCUGCCGGAGUUCUGGACCAGCAACCCGCAGCACGGCGGCGGCGGCGGCUACCGCGGCGGCUACCCGGGGGGCGCCGGCCCCCUGGAGCGGGGCAAGUUCUCCUGCCCACGCGCCCUCCGGGUGCCCUCGUACCUCAACUACCACUUCCUCGGGGAGAAGGACUGCGGUGCGCCCUGCGAGCCCACCAAGGUGUAUGGGCUCAUGUACUUCGGGCCCGAGGAGCUGCGCUUCUCGCGCACCUGGAUAGGCAUCUGGUCCGUGCUGUGCUGCGCCUCCACGCUCUUCACGGUGCUCACGUACCUCGUGGACAUGCGGCGCUUCAGCUACCCGGAACGGCCCAUCAUUUUCCUCUCCGGCUGCUACACCGCCGUGGCCGUGGCCUACAUCGCCGGCUUCCUGCUGGAGGAUCGGGUGGUGUGUAACGACAAGUUUGCCGAGGACGGGGCGCGCACGGUGGCGCAGGGCACCAAGAAGGAGGGCUGCACCAUCCUCUUCAUGAUGCUCUACUUCUUCAGCAUGGCCAGCUCCAUCUGGUGGGUGAUCCUGUCCCUCACCUGGUUCCUGGCGGCCGGCAUGAAGUGGGGCCACGAGGCCAUCGAGGCCAACUCGCAGUAUUUCCACCUCGCCGCCUGGGCCGUGCCCGCCAUCAAAACCAUCACCAUCCUGGCGCUGGGCCAGGUGGACGGCGACGUGCUGAGCGGCGUGUGCUUCGUGGGCCUCAACAACGUGGAUGCGCUGCGCGGCUUCGUGCUGGCGCCCCUGUUCGUUUACCUGUUCAUCGGCACGUCCUUCCUGCUGGCCGGCUUCGUGUCCCUCUUCCGCAUCCGUACCAUCAUGAAGCACGACGGCACCAAGACGGAGAAGUUGGAGAAGCUCAUGGUGCGCAUCGGGGUCUUCUCGGUGCUCUACACGGUGCCGGCCACCAUCGUCAUCGCCUGCUACUUCUACGAGCAGGCCUUCCGGGACCAGUGGGAGCGCAGCUGGGUGGCCCAGAGCUGCAAGAGCUAUGCCAUCCCCUGCCCUCACCUCCAGGGGGGCGGGGGCGCGCCCCCGCACCCACCCAUGAGCCCCGACUUUACAGUCUUCAUGAUCAAGUAUCUCAUGACGCUGAUCGUGGGCAUCACCUCGGGCUUCUGGAUCUGGUCCGGCAAGACGCUCAACUCCUGGAGGAAGUUCUACACGAGGCUCACCAACAGCAAACAGGGGGAGACCACCGUCUGAGAGACCCGGCCUCUCACCCUCCCCAGCUCUUGGCAGGAUCCCAGCCAUCGCCCGAGAGCCGGCCCCGAGGAAUUCCUGCCGAGGCUGGCCGCUCCGGGCCUUCCCGCUGGACACGCACUCUCGCAGGCUCCACAGCACAGCUCACGCAAAAGCUUCCGUCCCUGGGGUAAAGGAACUAGAGGGCCCAGCUGCCAGAGGGGUGUGUGUGAGUGUGUGGGGGUGUGGGGGUGGCGGACCGUCUCUCUAGCCCUCGCUCUGAUACCAGGACUGUACGCUUUUAUGAUUGUAAAUAACCCGUGUAUGAUUUUUGUAAGUAUAUUUGUAUUUAAAGAUCACCGAACACGCGAUUUUCUUUUCUUUAAAAAAAAAAAAAAGUUUAAUUAUUUAGGGCGGUUUAAGCAUUUGAAGCUUUUCUCGCUUUUCCUUUUCUGAGGACAGCAGAGGAGGUAAACCGAGGCACACUUGCUGAGUGCUCUGCCUUGUGCCCUCAGCCCUGUCGUGGGAGCGUGGGCCUGCCUUUCACACUGCGGGCUGUGACGGGGGCUGCGUCUCUAGGGUCCUCGCCCAUCGCUUCCUUCAGCUUCUCCCCACCUCACGCUCCCUCCCUCCUUGCAGUGGGAACUUUCAAGGUGCGGACGCCACAGGAGUUUCCAGAUCCCGAGGUGGGCCCCGCCCAUUCCAGUUCCUCUUUUCAGCAGCAGAUUGAGGAGGGCUGUCCCUGUGACUCCCUGAAGCCGGUUAUUUGAGAACCACCUUCCAACUUCAUUAUCGAUCCAGCUUCCCUCCGUCCUGGCAUCGCCCAGGUUCUCCCCCCUUCCACCUAAACUGGUCAGAGAGUGAGUGCAGUAACCAACGCCAAACUUUGGAAAGUCUGACCUUUUGGGGAUGAGCUCAUUUUACUCGCUAGUGUCUGGAGCCUGCUAUGAGUUUGGCUACCAUCACGGAAAGACAGGGCUGGUGAGAUUGCUGAAGAGCAGCGAGCUUUGUGUGGGUUGAGAGAGACUGGCGAGAGAGGCUAGAAAGUGUUAGUUCUGAUGGCGUUGUGAUGGCUGGCAAACUUGCUUUUCCCCCUGCAGUGCUGCCUGCGUUUAGAUCUUACCCUGCCAUGAAAUGGAGACCUUGAGGUCACCGGGAAAGCCUGGUGAAGGAGUUGAUCCCUGCUUUCCAUAGCAUACCCAGAAUAUGAAAAUGGAAGGAGCUUUCAGUGGAGCAGAGUUCCUCAAAAUGAAAUGCUGUUUUUAUUUUUAUUUUUUUUCUGGUUUUAAUCAAAUUGUUAUCAGACACAUAUCAAACUUUACAACCUAAAAGUUGUGCACUGUCAACGUGUUAUGGUUACCCAGCAACACAUUCUGAGGAAGGAACAAUCCGCGCCCCCACGCAUAGCCUGGUAAGACUUGUGAAGACAGAGGAGGUGGACUGAUGGCUGGGUGAGGGAAGGAGACGUGAUCUGGAGUGCAUGCGGAAGGGAAAGACUGUACAGUCCUGCUGCAUCCCAGCCUUUGGGCUCCUGUUUGGAUUUACAGCAGUGUGUCAAGUGUAAAUCUCUCAAAGCCAUUUGAAAAUAUUCACUUUAGUUCUCUAUGAAGAAGAGGAGAAAAGCAAUCCUCCUGAUUGUAGCGUUUAAACUUUAAUAAGAGUUUAUCAAAAAAUGCCGGUACAUCAGACCUAAAUUUAUCUACGUCUGUCAUACCCUAAAAUGACAAUGGUUUUUUGAAUUUGGUAUGCAUUAUUAUUAUUAAUUAUUAUUAUUAUUCUCACCACCAUGAGAUCAUCUAUAUUUAUAGAGGAAUAGAAGUUUAUAUAUAUUAAAUGCCAUAUUUUUAAUUUCGCAAAUAAAAAAAUGAAAGUUUUGUACGAAA